AUGCUUGAUGGGUCAAGCCCCCAGGCCGGCAAAAUCUGGAAGAAAGCAAAUCUAACCUUCUCUCUUGAUGGCAAGCAAAUGACCAAAACCUUCCUCAUAUGUAACACAGGGUCCCACACUGCCAUAUUGGGAUUGAAAUGGUUGGACUCGGAUAAUCCAGAAAUUGAUUGGAACAUGCGUACCCUGAACCUCCCUCAUUCACCACUGGAACAAGUAACCAUUGCUGAGGAAGAAGAAGCCAACAAAAGACCCCUUGAAGGAGUACCCUCCAAAUACCAUCAAUACACCAAGGUAUUUGGAGAGGAAGAAUUCAACAAGCUUUCCCCACAUAGGCACUACAAUAUUGGGAUAGAACUUAUGGAAGAAGGCCCCCUUAAUUCUCCCCUGUCCUGGACACGGUCACAUGACCAGUACAACAUGACUGACGCCAAAUCUGCCAUGCUCAAAGAUUGGCUUAGGGACAAACUCAAGGCCAGGAAAAUCCGCCCCAGCAAGUCAUCCAUCAGCUCCCCUGUCAUGUUUGUUCCCAAAAAGGAUGGUUCCCAUUGCCUUGUAGUUGAUUAUUGUUGCCUAAACAAUUGGACCAAGAAGAACAUUUACCUGCUACCCCGUCUGGAUGACCUUAUGGCCCAGCUCUGGGGUGCCAAGGUCUUCACUAAGUUAGAUCUAAGAUGGGGUUACAAUAACGUCCAAGUUAAGGAAGGCAAUGAAUGGAAAACCGUGUUUUGUACCAAAUACGGCCUUUACCAGUCCCUAGUUAUGACCUUUGGCUUAACCAAUGCCCCUGCUGCCUUCCAACACUUCAUGAACAAGCUGUUUAAGGACCUACUAGAUGUAUGCGUCAUUAUCUACCUUGACAACAUUUUAAUCUACUCCAAGGACAACAUAUCCCACACACAGCACGUCCGUGAAGUCUUACAACGUCUCAUGGAAAACCAGCUAUUCUGCAAGGCCUCAAAGUGCACCUUCCACAUUACUUCUGUUGAAUAUCUGGGGAUCAUUGUCUUGGACAAGGGCUUCAGCCUGGAUAAACUCAAAAUCCAGGCAGUACAGGAAUGGCCAGUCCCCACAAAGGUCAAAGAAGUCCAAUUGUUCUUGGGAUUUGCCAACUUCCUAUGUUGA